AUGGAUGUCAAGAAUGCAUUCCUCAAUGAUGAUCUCACCGAGGAAGUUUAUAUGCAACCUCCCCUUAGUUCUUUUGUUCCAUCAAACAAAGUCUACAAAUUUCGUCGUGCUUUGUAUGAUGAUAUGAUUAUCACUGGAGAUGACCCCACGAGUAUUUAUAGUCUUCAACAGUUUCUCUGUCACCAGUUUGAGAUGAAAGAUUUGGGUUUGGAAAUUUCUCAAGAUUCAUCUGGUUACUUUCUUACCCAGGUGAAGUAUACUUCUGAUCUCUUGGCUCGUGCUGGCCUUACCGAUUGCAAGACUGUCACUACUCAUGUUGAUCCUCAGACUUGUCUUACACCUCUUGAAGGUUCACUAUUGUCUGAUGCCACCAAAUAUUGUCAGUUAGUUGGCAGUCUUGUUUAUCUCACGGUUAUUUGUCUAGAUAUUGCUUAUGCUGUUCACAUUGUCAGUCAAUUCAUGGCUAACCCCCGUUCUCCACACUAUGAUGCUCUUAUUCACAUUUUGUGCUAUCUCAAAGGCACUUUAUUUCAUAGUCUUCAUUACUCUGCACAGUCUUCUCUACAGCUUCAUGCCAUUUCUGAUGCAGAUUGGGCGGGGGAUCCUACUGACCGUCGUUUCACUACUGGGUUCUGCUUCUUCUUGGGCACCUCUUUUAUUGCCUGGCGUAGUAAGAAGCAAACUCUUGUUGCUCGUUCUAUUUUUCAUUCUUCUGCCACCAAUCUUUAUUGUGACAACCAGAGUGCUAUUCAGAUUGCACAUAAUGAUGUCUUCCAUGAUCGCACCGAGCAUAUUAAGAUAAAUUGCCACUUCAUACGCCAGCAUGUUACUCAAGGCACUGUUCGUCUUCUCUUUGUUACCUCUACUGAGCAGACCGUUGACCUCUUCACCAAAGCUCAUCUUCCAGGACGCUUCUCUGAUCUUCUCGCCAAACUCAAGUUACUAUUUGCCUUACUAGCUUGA